UAUAUAUGUGUGUGUCUCUAUAUAUAUACACACAUAAACUCCCCAUCAUGUCCAUGAAGGGCUGCCGCUGAUGUUCAAGAUUCAAGAAUCCACCUACACACUCCAUAAAUCAUCCCCAUCUAAAAAGGGUUUUCCCAAAACCAAGACUUUUUCCUUCCCUUGAAUAAAAUUAAAAAAAAAAAAUAAAAAAAAUGGGAAGAUCUCCCUGCUGUGAGAAAGCUCACACUAACAAAGGCGCAUGGACAAAGGAGGAAGACGACCGCCUCAUCGCCUACAUCCGGGCCCACGGCGAGGGCUGCUGGCGCUCCCUCCCCAAAGCCGCCGGCCUCCUCCGCUGCGGCAAGAGCUGCCGCCUCCGCUGGAUCAACUACCUCCGCCCCGACCUCAAGCGCGGCAACUUCACCGAAGACGAAGAUGAUCUCAUCAUCAAACUCCACAGCCUUCUCGGCAACAAGUGGUCUUUGAUAGCGGGGAGAUUGCCGGGAAGGACAGACAACGAGAUCAAGAACUACUGGAACACGCACAUACGAAGGAAGCUUCUGAGCCGGGGGAUCGACCCGGCGACGCACCGGGCGAUGAACGAGCCGGCGGAGGCGGCGAAGACAAUCUCGUUCUCGGCGAAGGAGGAGGUGGUGGUGAGAGAGAGGGAGAGGAGCCCGGUGGUGGUGAAGAGGGAGAAAUGCCCGGAUUUGAAUCUUGAGCUGAGAAUCAGCCCGCCGAAUCAGAGGGAGGGCGGCGGCGGUGGUACGUUGUGCUUCGGGUGUAGUACGGGAAUCCACAAGAGCAAAGAUUGCAGCUGCGGUGGUGAUGAUAAUAAUAUUAAUAUGAGUAAUAUUAAUGGAAGCAGCAGUUAUUCUGGCUAUGAUUUUCUGGGCAUGAAAGCUGGAGUUUUGGAUUAUAGAAGUUUGGAGAUGAAAUGACGUGCCAUUCUUAUUACUACUUUCAUCUCCUAUUUUACCUUUUUUUCUUUGUAAGAAUUAAGAUUAAUUCUUGAAAUAUAGUAGAAAUUUGAAGAUAUAUAUUAAUUACUAGUAUUACUUGGGAUA